AUGGAAGUCGAUGCAGUGAAACUGUUCAAUUAUCUCGGAAAACGCUACGAAGAUGCAUACGCAGACAACCCUUACCUCCAUGGCAUCGUCAACCGUGCGAUGAAAAUGUUGAAACCCGGCAGUCGGAUACUAGAUGUUGGAUGUGGGACUGGGAAACCCGUCGCGGAAAUGCUUGCCAACAACGGCCACGAGGUGCAUGGAAUCGAUGUCGCGGAGGAGAUGGUGAAGAUUGCCCGGAGUCAGGUGCGCGGCACUUUUGAAAAGGCCGAUAUGAGGACUUACACCCCGCCACACACGUUGGAUGCUGUCUUUGCGGCGUAUUCGCUUUACCAAAUCUCUCCGAGUGAUACCUAUUCAGUGGUCUUUCGAUUUGCCGAGUGGUUGCGCGAAGGAGGUGUUCUAGUGCUGGGAGCGACACCAAGCACUAGCUUGCCUCCGGAUCUGGGCGUCUAUGACCCUAUCUGGAAUUGCGUGCGAGGGGUGAGAACGACAUGGAUGACGAAGACAUGCAAACAGACUUUCCUGUCUGAGAGUGGAUGGGAGGCUCUUCUUCAACUCGCAGGGUUCACCAUUGAAGCAGACCAGGCCUUCAAGUUCACUCCCAAAGACCCGGAGUACAACCCAACAGAAGUUCAUUAUUUCAUAGUGGCAAGAAAGACAAAUCUUCAUCCAUUACUUGGCCCAUAUCCUCUCCCGAUAUUAUAUCCCGGGUCACGACCGCGCCAUGACGAAACCUGGAGCUUGCUUCAGGACCGAUUAACUGUCGGGGAAAGACGAAAUGCGGUUAAUAACGCUCUGAGGUACAGCCAAAAGAUGUUGGAAGUGGGCGGUGGAUUCGGAUCGUUCCGGCUUCUCUCACCAAAGGUUCAUGAAAGACAUGAUGUGCUAUGCGAAAGUCUGCCAUUCAAAGAUAGAAGCUUUGAUUCCGCAUUUGCAAUGUUUACUCUGGACCAUGUGAGCGACCUUGGGAAAUCACUGCGAGAGCUUACCCGUGUGGUGGACGUGUCUUUCCCUUAUUCAAGGAUUGUAAUUGUCCAAGGCGCACCGGACAAUGAAUGCCUGAGACUGAUAAAUUCCGUCUGCGUCCCUCUAAGCGCACAGAACCCCGAGAUCAGUCACCAAGGACACUUGCUCCACACUGCAAAAAACGUUUUAUCUGAAAUGGGUUUUGGAAGCAGCUCUAUUCACAGAGUAAACAGCCACUAUGUAUUCAGUGAGGAUGACACAGAGAGCUCCAACCAGGCUGCAGCGGAGUUGGCUGGACUUUGGCAUCGAGAUGACCAGAACUAUGCGCAGAUGCAGGAAAAUCUAGUUCCUCAUCUGCGAGAUCUUUUUGCUGACCAUCAACGUGUGCUUCGAAAUGAAUUAGCGGUACUUGUGGCUGGGCCGACACCGAAUUGA